AACAACGGUCGGACAUCUUGGACGCAGUGUCCAAUUCUUGAAUUUAUACCAGUGGUCGAAUCAGUAACUAGUGCUUUGAAAACUUCAUCGGAGUAUCGGCGCUCCGGUAUCACGAGUCCCAUCACGAAGCCUCGAGCUCGACCGAACAAAGUACAUACCAUAACACAUAUUUUGGUACUUCUUAGAUACUGUAGUUAGCAACAACAAUGAGAAACUGCUGUGCGCUGAAUUGUGCUAAUCGAGCUGGUCAAGGAUGGAGAUUCUUCACUAUACCAAGAGGAUCUCAUCCUUUCCAAAAGAAUAGAAGACGGUUGUGGCUGCAAGCCAUAAAACGGGUGGAUUGGGGCCCUGAUGGUCUGAGGGGUGAUUAUAGCUUGUGUGGAGCUCAUUUCAUCUCUGGAGAACCUUCUAUGGACUACGACAGCCCCGAUUUUGUUCCAUCAAUAUUUCCCCAAGGCAAACAGACAAGAAACUCAAGAAGGACGAGAUGCAGUAAAGCACAGUCUGAUGGCAGUGCUGUUGCCAUGGCAAGUCCAGACACAGAGAUCCAUGUCCUUCCUGACUGUUCUGAAGUGCUGCAUGGUCCUGACUGUUACCAUAGUGACCAAAGCACGCUAGAUCCGAAGCUGAAGGAUGAAAGUCAGACGCUGGACCUGAAUAUUAAAGAAGAAGAUGUGGAUAAUUUUAUGUAUCUAAACUAUUCUGGACUUCUGAAAGAAGAAAAGAAAGAGGAAACGUGGGAGUGUCCUCAGCCUGGGAAAGGGGGGCCUGACUGUAACCAUAGUGACCUAAGCAAGCCAGAUCCAAAGAUGGAGUCAGUCAAGAUGGAGGAUGAAAGUCAGACGCUGGAGCUAACUGUUAAAAUCAAAGGAGAAGAAGAGGAGGAAACCUAUGGCACUGAAUGUGGCAAGACCUCUUUGUCAACAAGGAAUCCGCUCACGUCCACUGGAGAGAAUUCUUACCAUUGCUCUGACUGUGGGAAGAGUUUCAGUCAACAUUCAAACUUAAAACAGCAUCAGAGAACACACACAAGGGAGAAAUCUCAUAGCUGUUCUGACUGUGGAAAGAACUUCAGUCAUAAGGGGAGUUUGGUAUACCACCAGAGAAUACAUACAGGAGAGAAACCGUAUAGCUGCUCUGACUGUGGGAAAUUUUUCAGUCAAAAGGGGAGUUUGUUAUACCACCAGAGAAUACAUACAGGGGAGAAACCGUAUAGCUGCUCUGACUGUGGGAAAUGUUUCAGGCAAAAGGGGAGUAUGGUACAACAUCAGAGAACACAUACAGGGGAGAAAUCCUAUAGCUGCUCUGACUGUGGGAAGAGUUUUACCGCAUCUUCUACUCUAAAGAACCACCAGCGUAAAACACACUAGAGAAAAGCCUUACCAUUGCGCGGACUGUGGGAAGAGCUUCAAUCGACAUCAACAUCAGAGAACAGUGUGUUGGAUGCAUUUGCUGUUUGUUUUGGUUGUUUCAGAUGUUGUGCCCAAUAGAAAUUAAAUGUAAAUAAUGUAUUGUCACUUUUAUUGUAAAUAGAAUAUGUUUCUAAGCACUUCUACAUUAAUAUGGAUGCGACCAUGAUGGCUGGAUGCGACCUAUUUAUGCCUAUGUCUUGGGGGUAUGAUAUUUUUUGUGCGUCUAACUUUCUCACUCAUCAUUAUUCCCGAUUUAAUUCAGAACUAUCUGUAACCAUGGUAACGUCCACAUUAAUGUAGGAGUGUUUAGAAACAUAAUUAUAUUCUUAUUUACAAUAAAAGUGACUCAAAAAUGACAAUACGUUAUUUUACCAUUCAUUUCUAUUGGGGGGAGAAAAAAAUCUGAAACAACCAAAACAAAUAACCAAUGCAUCCAACAAGUUUGUAGAGUCACAAGCUUGAUGUAGUCAUUAUGUGCUAGGAAUAUGGGACCAGAUACUAAGUCUGGCCACUUUAUUACACACACACUGCUUUCAGAACGCAUUCAGACCCCUUGACUUUUCCCACACGUUGUUACCUUACAGCCUUAUUCUAAAAUGGAUUAAAUAAAUACAAAAUCCUCAGCAAUCGACACACAAUACCCCAUAAUGACAAAGCGAAAACAGGUUUUUAAUUUAUUAAAAAUAAACAGAAAUACCUUAUUUACAUAAGUAUUCAGACCCUUUGCUAUGAGACUCUAAAUUGAGCUCAGGUGCAUCCUGUUUACAUUGAUCAUCCUUGAUGUUUCUACAACUUGAUUGAAGUCCACCUGUGGUAAACUCAUUUGAUUGGACAUGAUUUGGAAAGGCACACACCUGUCUAUAUAAGGUCCCACAGUUGACAGUGCAUGACAGAGCAAAAACCAAGCCAUGAGGUCUAAGGAAUUGUCUGUAGACCUCUGAGACAGGAUCGUGUUGAGAGACAGAUCUGGGGAAGGGUACCAGAAGGUGUCUGUAGCAUUGAAGGUCCCCUAGAACACAGUGGCCUCCAUUCUUAAAUGGAAGAAGUUUGGAACCACCAAGACUCUUCCUAGAGCAACCCGGCCAAAUUGAGCAAUCGGGGGAGAAGGGCCUUGGUCAGGGAGGUGACCAAGAACCCUCUGACAAGAGCUCUAGAGUUCCUCUGUGAAGAUGGUUGUUAUUCUGGAAGGGUCUCCCAUCUCUGCAGCACUCUACCAAUCAGGCCUUUAUGGAGAGGCACCUAAAGACUCUGACCAUGAGAAACAAGAUUCUCUGGUCUGAUGUAACCAAGAUUGAACUUUUUGGCCUGAAUGCCAAGUGUCACGUCUGGAGGAAACCUUCCUUACAGUGAAGCAUGGUGGUGGCAGCAUCACGCUAUGGGGAUGUUCUUCAGCAGCAGGGACUGGGAGACUAGUCAAGAUCGAGGCAAAUUACAGAGAGACCUGCUCAGGAACUCAGACUGGGGUGAAGGUUCACCUUCCAACAGGACAACGACCCUAAGCACACAGCCAAGACAACACAGGAGUGGCUUCGGGACACGUCUCUGAAUGUCCGUGAGUGGCCCAACCAGAGCCCAGACUUGAACCCGAUCUAAUCUAUCUUUGGAGAGACCUGAAAAUUGCUGUGCAGCAACGCUCCCCAUUCAACCGAACAGAGCUUGAGGAUGUGCAGAGAAAAAUGGGAGAAAUUCCCCAAAUACAGGUGUGCCAGGCUUGUAGCGUUAUACCCAAGACUCAAUGCUGUAAUCAAGUACUGAGUAAAGUGUCUGAAUACUUUUUGUAAAUGUUUUGUUUUUUAUUUAUAUAAAUUAGCAAAAAUUCAACCUGUUUUUGCAUUGUCAGUAUUGGGGUAUUGUGUGUAGAUUUGAUUCAUUUAAAAAAAAAAGAAAUCCAUUUCAGAAUAAAUUUGUAAUGUAACAAAAUUUGGAAAAAGUCAAGUGGUCUGAAUAGUUCCCGAAGGCACUGUAUUAGUGAGUUUGUCCCAAUACUUUUAGUCCCCUCCAUUUUAGGUGACCAUGUGAAAAAAGUUAUUUUAACUUUUAAAUGUUCACCCAGAUGAAAAUACUCUAUUUAAAGCUGACAGUUUGCACUUUGUAGUCAUUCUAUAAUUUCAAAUACAAAGUGCGAUAGUACAGAGACACAAUUCAUUCAUUGUCACAAUACAUUUGGAACUCACUGUAUUUUUGUUUCUUUUUGAAAUUUUUUAUUGAAAAUAAUCACAUUUAAAGUACUUCAUUGUUAAUCAGAAAUGAUUUGAUAUUGAGAACGGUUGCAGUGGAUCUUUAAGCUGGCAGUGUUCUUCAUUGUGGUCUUCAUCAAUGCUGUUAAAAAUGAACAGUAACCACAUCUCCAUCCACAGUUUUUAUGCGAGUAAAGUGAUACCGUAUUAAAAAAAAUAUCACGACGGCUGUGAUGGAAACUAGUAGCUUUGGUGCAAUUUUCUUUUUGUGUCAAAUUAUUUGGGCAAGAAAUGGUGGUGGAAAUAUUGGAGUCCCACUAUUACUCUGGAAACCAUGAGUUUAUUAUUAGAGAUUAAAUCAGUUAUGAUCUUCAGUGCAUGGUCAUCUUGAUGUUCCUUUCCCGCAAAAUUAAAAGUAUAAAUCAUAUCAAAUUCCUUACAGUAUAUUAGGCAAACCAGGCGGCACUGUUUUCUUGGAUAGCCAGGGGCACACUCCAAUAUUCAGAUACCAUUGAACACGCACUUCGUUUGUGAGUCCGCCAGAUCUGAGGCAGGAGGCAAGACCAGGGUUGUUCUCUUGAGAAGUGUGUUAAUUUGACCAAUUUCCUGUCCUGCUAAGCAUUGAAAAUGUAUGGAGUAAAAAGUUAUUCAGUGAAGAAAUAGUUUUCUAAAAUAAAUAUAGUACAGGUACAGGUUCCUACAAAAAAUAUGACCUAAGUAGUACUUUACACCACUACCUCAACCAAAGUAAGCACAUUUGUUUUUUAACAGAACAGUUUUUGUGAUAAAUCGGUAGAGCUGAAAAUGUGAUGUGUGAAAAACAUUUUUUUUAUUCGGUGCAAAAGAGCACGUUAUCAGCAACUGACUGUUUGGUGGAAACACCACUCCUCAAAUUGGAUGGAAACUUUUUAUUUUACUAGGCAAGUCAGUUAAGAACAAAUUCUUAUUUUCAAUGACGGCCUAGAAACAGUGGGUUAACUGCCUGUUCAGGGGCAGAACGACAGAUUUUGUACCUUGUCAGCUCGGGGAUUUGAACUUGCAAACUUUCCGUUACUAGUCCAAUGCUCUAACCACUAGGCUACACUGCCGCCCCUAACCACUAGUGACUCACUGUGGAAAAGAUGGUAACAAUUAAAAGUGUAAUCAUUGAUUGGGCUUGCAAAGAGCUCACCAGUUUGUUGUCCUAAAACCUGGAAAUUAUACUGAACAAAAAUAUAAAAACACAUGUAAAGUUGUUGGUUUCAUGAGCUGAAAUAAAAUAUCCCAGAAAUGU